UGGAAACCAAGUCUAUCGCUGUUCACUUUGCUUGUUCCGCGACGAGCUAUUUUAGCAUGAUAACCCUUUCUUGUUUAGCAUCCUCCCCUUGUUGCUAAUAUGGACGACAUCGCGGGGUUGAAAUGGACUUCAACCCCGGCAAAUGGCCAACCACGCCCAACAUCCAACUACACUGCCUUUUCUACAUCAAAGCCUACGCCGCCCAAUUCUGGACGAGCAACACCUCUCGAUGCAUCCUCUGCGCAGCCUCAAUCGAAAUCCACCACUCCACUGGGCGAUAGCUUUGCCAAUCUCGUGUCGUUUGGGCCCGGCGCAAACAAGAACCUAUCACUUUUAGAGCAGCAAAAGAGACAGACGGAGGCCAGGCUUCAGCAGCAGCAAAAGACAGCUCAAAGUAUAAACGAUCAAUAUACUGGCGGGGAUGAUCAGUUUUGGAAUAACCUGGGGAGCGGAAGAGGUACCCCUGCUAUGGAUGGUGUAAACAAUGUCUCUAGAGACGCGCAAAAUCGUACACCAAACAACAACAACGAUGAUGAAGAUGAUCUAUUUGCGGCCUUCAAUAAGCCAGCCCCACGACAGAGUCGGCCUGCCACGACAAGUCCAAAUGACAAUAUGGCGAAUAAUGAAGAAGACGACCCCUUCGAACUGUUAAAUUCAGCACCGCAUCGGACUGACACAGCGCCGACCGAUACCUCUGCGGACGAUGACGAUGUCCUUGGAUUGCUUGGAGAAUCUGCCUCGGCUCAUCCAAGAACCAAACAGCCUUCUCUCGAGGGAAAGAGUCGUGGUCAAGAUCUACAUCCCCAAGACAAGGCCAUAGCUGAACUUGUAGAUAUGGGAUUUCCCACAGAAAAAGCACGGCGUGCUCUCGAAGCCACCGAGACAGGCACGGAUGUACAGGCUGCUGUGGGAUAUCUACUGAACCAGGCCCACGCUGAAGCGAGACAAAAAUCCUUAGGCCGAGAUUCACCCCAACCAGCACAGGACAGGGAAAGCAGACUAAGGAAUGGUCACCCAGGUUCAGGAGCGUCUCGAAGCCGAACAAGAUGUGACGUUGGGGUCGCGUCUCGGAGUCGGCAGCAGGGACAAUCAGGUACUGCAGAAAAGGAUUUUGAGCAGAUGGCAGCAGAAUUUGGCAGCAACUUUCUCAAGACAGCUGGAUCGUUCUGGAAACAGAGCACAAAACGUGUUCAGCAAGCUGUUCAGGAUUUCAAUGCCGACGGCGAAUCUUCGAGUCAGCCACGCUGGAUGCGAGAAGUGGAGCGGCCACAGCGUAUUGAUCACCAUGAGCAUUCACGUGAAGAUGGUAAUCGUAUGACAGUGCCCACUAGACGUGGCUCUGGAGGCCAGAAAUCAUCAAAGCCAACAGAUGAGGCCCUGAUGCUGGAGUCUGAUCGGCCGACUCCACCACCACGACCUACAGUCUCAUCUAGGCCUGAUAAUCGGCUUGAUACCAGCGCUGGUUCCUCGAGAGAUCACUCUCCAGCCAUCCCGCAUCGCUUGAGAGAAUCGAUUCCUCAAAAACAGCCUGCAUUCUUACGCCAACAGACUCCAUCACCUGCAGCAACAUCAAGGGCCGCAUUGAACAGGACAGCCGCGGAUGACGAAGCUGCCCAAGCAUAUGUCAGUUCUGCACGAAGACGAAAACCCCCGGCGAACAGUCAACCAGUAGUUUCUGCUUCUGAACCCGAUCUUCUUGAUGGAAACUUCAAAGAUGCUGCGCGCUCGCAGCAAGGCUCAAGAGCUGCAGCCACAGCAAUGCCUCCCUCACGCUCUCAAUCACAACCUUACCGGCACACAGAUAUACCCGUCAGACCUCCUCCACCAACCCGCACCAUUCCCACGGUCACAGCUAUUAGCCUCCAGGCAAGCCAUUCGCACCGUGAAAAGGGUAACGAGCACUUCAAGCGUGGAGACUAUUCCUCCGCCCAUACUUCCUAUACCACUUCGAUAUCCCACCUUCCUGACACUCACCCACUCCUAAUCGUACUUCUAACCAACCGUGCACUCACCGCGCUCAAGAUAGGCGAACCUAAAACUGCCAUAUCUGAUGCCGAUCGUGCCAUGACCGUCAUAGGCAUUUCCAAGGGCGAAAACGAGACCAUCAACAUGGCUACAGGUAACGGUCAAGAUAACAAGCCCAUGCGCGAUUACUACGGCAAGGCCCUCAUGCGCAAGGCCGAGGCGCUUGAACAAAUGGAGAAAUGGACCGACGCGGCGCUCGUGUGGCGCGAAGCUGUCGAAGGCGGCCACGGUGGUGCGACCAGUAUUCAAGGACGCAUGCGUGCGGAGAAAGCAGCCAGGCCUCAGCCUUCAAAACCGCAGCCGAAGCCUAAACCCGCAUCCAGACCCCGUCCGAUGCCUGCAAAGGCUGCAUCGGCGCCGCCUGCAGCAGCAGUGAACAGACUACGUGCCGCGAAUAUGGCGGCUGAAAAGGCCGACGACGAGAAAUUCCGGUUAUCGGACUCUGUUGACGCACGCAUCCAAGCGUGGAAAGGCGGAAAGGCGGACAAUCUACGUGCUUUGCUGGGCAGUCUGGAAAAUGUACUCUGGGAAGGGUCAGGGUGGAAGAAGAUUAGCAUGGCUGAUCUGGUGUUGCCCGGGAAGGUCAAGAUUCAAUACAUGAAAGGCAUAGCGAAGGUGCAUCCUGACAAGAUUCCCACGGACGCAACGACAGAACAGCGAAUGAUUGCGGGAGCGGUAUUUAGUGCCUUGAACGAGGCAUGGGACAAAUUCAAGACCGAAAAUGGUCUUUAGUACUGCUGUGUAUAUAGCGCUGUCCUCGAAGUUCAUGGUUGAAAAGAGAAGCGAGAAAGGUCAAUGCUGUUGGAAAUACCGGUUCCCCGGAUGUGUGCUUCAACUGCCACAUCACACGACCGUGUGUGUGAUUGUGAGGAAUAAUCCUUCUUGCAGAUAUAUUUAUACAAUGUUUAGAUUUGAAGACCGAGGAGAAAGAGAGAUAACUCCUCGUCCACUAUCUCUUCUUCCCACCGAUCUUUGCGCCUUUGUUUGACUUUUUGCCCUUUGACUUCUUGGUGCCUUUGGCGGCCUU